UCGUUUUCUUUUCUAACCUGUCUCACGUAUUUUGUGUGUAGUGUGCAAAUGAUUUUUAAAUACAGUUAAUUGCAGUAUUCUUUUUAGAAAAAUAUAAUGCACCGUAAGCGUUAGUGGCCUUUUUAUCAGUCGAUUUUCUAUUUUAGUUUCAUUUUAUUUAGUUAUUAAAAACAAACAGAAAUGAAGAAAAAAAAUGGCCGACAUUGAAAGUAACACAGAAAUUGAUAUUGAAGACCUGGAAGCUCAUUUAUAUGGUCAAAUAUAUCAUUCGACACUUUCAGAAGAGAUUGACAUGGAAUCUCAGAAUAGUUCCAGAGAUUUUGAACUAAACAGAUUAAAUAGCAAAAAAAGUAACAGAUAUUACGAAAAUCCAGACAUCAAUGUGGUCCCUCAACCUUAUCAACCCAACAGAUUUAUUGAUUUAAGAAAUUCAAGCUCUGUUGAUGAUCAAACAGGUGGCAUGCAUAAAAAGUUUUACAAUCAUCAGAAUAAUUUGUACAACUACCAAAACCCACCUUACAAUGAAACAUAUUCAAAUACGUGUCAACAAUUCAUAUUGCCAGGAUCUCCUGGAAUAAACAAUAUAGUAGUCAUACCACCUGCUCCUACGCAAUGCUUCUCAACUGCCUUUCAUCCUCUCUUCAAUAAAUCCAAUAAGAAAAAACGAGCCAAGCCAAAAAAGAAGCUUAAGCCAGAGAAUCCAGCCCAAACCACUUUCAAAGAGCAUAGGAAACAAAAUAAAGUCCUUACUCCAAUUACUGGACAGAUACAGGCUAAUAAAACUACCAAUAACAAUAACAAUAAAACACAAAGUAACUCUAAAGUUAAUGGUUCAUCAAAUCUUGAUAUUGUGGUUCUUAGUGAUUCUAACGAUUCUGAUGUUGAAGAGGUGAUUUUGGAAAAACCUAUAAUCUAUAUUAGUUCCAAUGAAGAUGAUAAUAUAGAAGAAUUUGGAUUGCAAGAAUGUAGCAUGAAAGCAACAGAAAAUGAAGAAGAAGCCCAGGAAAAGGAAGAUAAAGGAACAUGUAAAGGCAUUCAAGUGAAAGCCGAAAAUCAAGAAAUGAAAAAAGCAGAAAAAAAUGCCAAUUCAGAAACAGAUAAUGAAGAUGAUGUCAUAGUUCUAGUGGAAGAAUCUGUGGAACAAGAAAUAAUAGAAGUUGAGGACACAAAAGAUUCAAAUUGCAGUGCAGAUGUUACAAUAACUAUCGAAGAAAAAUCUCAAAUUGCAAGGAUUGAAAAUGAAGAAAUUAACAAUCCAUUGGUGGAUGUUACUAAUGAUUUUUUGGACGGUGUUCAAUUGAGUCAACACUGUUUUAAUUUCCAACUGCAUGGCAGUGAUUUCUACUGCUCCAAAUCUACAAGUCAGUUAAAAAGCAAUGUAAAUAAUGAAGCAUAUGAAACUGAAAGCAGCUGUAGUACAGUUGAUAUUCCUAUUAAGAGCAAUGCCAUCAAUGAUAUUGGGUUUGAUGCACCGUCUAAAGAAGUAUUUGAUGAACCAAAUUUAGAAAGUUUUGCCAAUUUCAUUACACCUAAAAGAAAGCUUGAUGUCGAUUCAACUACAGAAUCUUCCAAACUGAAAAGAAAAAAAUCAAAAAGUCAAAAAGCUAAACCCCUAGAAAAUCAAAAUGAUUCAAACAAUGAAGAGUGGAAACUAGAGAAUAAGAAAAAAUUGAAGGUUGCACAAGAUGUCAUCGGGUCAGAUGAAGAUGAAGAGAAGUCUCCAAAGAAAAAGAAGAAAGGGAAAUCCAAGGAACAUUGUGACGAGAUUCGAGAACUAUUGGAUAUUGAAAGUGAGCAUGGUAGCAGUAUAAUUCCAUUGGAAUUACCAGAAAGUGGAACUCCAAAACCCAAAAAGAAGAAGAAACGUAAAAAUGAAAAAAAUGCUGAGAAAUUCCCAAAUGAGCAGACACUGGUUAACGUAAUCGACCAGAACAAUGAUAUAGAAGAAGAACCGCAAACUUCUGUUUCCAGUAAAAAAAGAAAACGGAAAAAUAAACAAGUAGUCAAGAAAGCUGACUCUGAUACUGUAAAACCUGAUAAAAAUCAAGUAAGAGAGCAUGGUAUAGUAUCAGUUGAGUUUACAAACGACUCUGAUUCGGAUAUCAGUAUUUACACCGUGGAUUAUGAAAGCGACAAUAAUUCAAAUUCAAAUUUGAGCUUUUGUACCAUAGCAGAUACUGGAGUAGCUUGCAAUAUACAAGAAGACGACGAUUCUUUCGACGAAUUUAGAAGUAUAAGUGACGUUGGGGAAGAUAUUGAAGUGGUGAAUGUGAACCUGCUCCAAGAAAAGCACCCACUUAAAAGAACAGAAGGUCAUCCCGAAAAGAAACAGUUCUCCGACUUUUGGGACAAUAAUAUGAAAAAGUUUUAUUGUGAAAGUUGGGGACACGAAAACUUUUCUGUUUCCGAAUGCCAGAAGUUCAUGUCAGAUGAUCCAAGUUUUUGGAAGAUCCUUGAUCGAGAUAGAUAUUUGUGUUUUCAGCCUAGAGGCCCCCGAUGCCGUUCAUGCCGCCAAUGGGGACACUUGACGUACCGUUGUCCCAACAAAUCCAACUUUCUCGUGUGCAAUUUAUGCGGAGGUAAAGGUCAUAUGGAACCGAGGUGUCCAAAUAAAAUAUGUACGUCGUGUGGUCAGCAAAUGAACUAUUUUACGACGUAUUGCUCCAGGUGCAAAGGGUUUAUGAAUGUAAUUUGCAACAUUUGUAAUAUGAGGGGGCACCCAACGAAGAUGUGUCCGGAUUUGUGGCGCCGUUAUCACUUAACCACUAAAGAAGGGCCUGUAGUCUCUCCGGAAAGCGACUUGGUAAAGCCGUUUCACAAACGUUGGUGCUCCGGAUGUGGAUCACAAGGCCACUUCGAGCACGACUGCAAAUAUUAUAACAGGAGCCAUUCGGCAACAUUGCUUGCAAUACAAAGUUACGAGCCUGUUUAUGAGCCUAUGAAGAAAUCGCCUGGUAAAAGGAAGCAAGAAAAUGAAGGUAGCUUGUCAAAGAAAAAGCAGCUGAAGACUAGUCAUUACCAAAUCGACAAAAAUAAGGGUGAAACUGGAAGCAAGGGUAAUUUCAGUGAUUCGGGGAGUAAAUUGGACGAAGUAGAAAAGUUCAGAGGGGAGAAAAAGAAAAAUCAGCAAGAAAUAGGAAAGACACCCACGGAAGAGGAUGUAAAGUCUAAAGAACGAAAACAACAGGAAGCUGUAUUAAAAUCUAAAAAUAAGAAUAAAAAAGAACAUAGAAAACAGAAAGCUGUUGAAAAAUCUAAACAAUAUAAAGAACAAGGAACCUCAAAAUCGCAAGAUAAAAUUCAUAAAGAAACGGUAACAAAACGUAAAGAUAAAAACAUUGAGGAAGAAACUUCAGAUGUGGCAAAUAAAGUGAAUGAUGCUUUAAAAUUAGUGGAACAAAUUGUGGUGGUAAGAUCAACGGAUGUAAAGACCCAUGAACAAGAAAUUUUAAAUGCAGAGGCAGACAAACAAGAAGAAGCAAAUUCUACAGUACAAUAUAAAAAGAAUGAAAACUCAGAAUCCCUGGAGAUUAAUCACAAUAAAGCAGGACCAAAGUCGAAGGAAAUGGAAAAGCAGAAAGAUGUUUUGAACUUUGAAGAGAGUCAUAAGGGUGAAACAGCAAGAAGUUCCGAGAAAAACGAUGAAAAAGAAGAGUCACAGUCUCAAGAGGAAAAUCAAGAAAAUAUUUCAAUAGAUAAUAUAGAUCAGUUAGAGAUAACGGUGAAAUUUAACCGACAAAAUGACGAAGAAGAAACAAAGAAUCAGGAAGCAGAAACAAAAUCUAAAGAGAAUAAUAGUCAGGACGAAGUUUCAAAAUCCCCAAAAGAAAACCAAAAUGAGGAAGUUAUUUCAAAACAUAAUGAAAUGAUUAAACACAAUGAGGGAAAUUCAGAAGAAAUUCAUGAAGAAAAAUCAGAAUAUGGAGAGAUAAUUAGACAAGAAGAAACGUUACACUCUCAAAAGGAAGCGAUAAAAAAGGUCAACGAAAUAAUAAUUGUAGAAGAAGUAUCAACAUUACAAGAAAAGAGUCAAUCGGGAAUCUCAACAAACAUUGAACAGCAGGGGACAUCAAACGAUCAAGAGGAAGCGUCAGCGCACCAUCCAGAGAAAGCGUCGAUAAAUGAUAAAAAUAGUACUCAAGAAACGUAUAAAGCAAUAGAAAACUCACAACCACUAACUAAAAAGCAAAGGAAAAAAUUGGCCAAGGCCCAAAAGAAACUAUUAAAAUUACAUCAAAAAAUAGAACCACAAUCGCAACAAAAAUCUCAAUCACAACAAAAAACUCAACCACAACAACAACAACCACAAUCGAAGAACAAUAAAAAAAAUAAGAAGCCACGGCAAGUACAAACAACAAAUCGUCCUGGUCUGCUUGGUGACCCUUCCAACUUCUUAAUUAAUCCAUGGGCACCUUUUGUCGCUCCUGCUUUUAAUUCUCCAUUGUUCUAUCCCCCCGGGACCGGUCAUUUACAAAACCACAACUUCUACGGUUCCCCUUUUCAAACAAACAACUAUCAACUACCAUUUCAUGCAAAUUUACAAAAUCUUUUGUCUGGUAACAGCAUUUUUUCUUCCCCGGCAUUUUUACAUGCAAACCCUUUCAUGCAAUCACAAAUGGGACAAGGACAACCAAAUUUGGGGCAUGUUCAACCACAUGUAAGACGAGAACAACCAAAUAUGGGACAAGGAUUAGCAAACGUGGGACAAGAACAACCAAAUGUGCGACAAGGCCAACCAAAUGUGGGACAGUGCCAACCAUAUACGGGAGCGCCGCAACCAAAUAUAGCACAAGAAUCGCCAAAUGUAGAACAAGGACCACCAAAUAGUAAUAUUCAAAUGUUCGAAGUAAAUAACGAACGAGAAGAAACAGUUGGGGUUAUGAGUACUAUUGACUUGACAGAACCAGAUAGAGAAGUAAACAAUUUAGUAAACACUGGGCGUGACCGUAUGGUCCAAGAAGUGGAUUUAACAAGCACAUCAGGGGAUGAAACGAAAGGAAAUGAACGAGACAAGAGAAAUGUUGUGAAUAGUACCGAUUUACCUCGACCACAAAUGAAUGAUGCAACACCAGACGAUCCAUUUACAAUCUGUUUAUCUGCGUUUGAAAGCUCCCUUAUGAAAAGAGCACGCGGGAAAAUAUUUAUGCGUGACUUGUCCACUACUUACGGUAUAACGUACCGUUUUCAAGAAAAGAAGAAAAUGGUCAUAACGGGGAAUAUAGAUGACAAUAUUUUUGAUAUGAUCAAAGCGGAAGUACACGAUUAUUUGCGGGUUCACCAUGAGAGUGGCGGUAACUAUCCACUACCAACGAAUUAUUCUGACGCCAAAAUGGUUAUUAAAGAAUGUUUCGAUUUUUUGGCACCUUUUGAGCGUUUAUCAUAUCCUUUUGCACAGUUGUUACGUUUGAAUAAUAGGGGAAGUAGACAUCCAAGCAUUGUUCUGAAAAUGACCCGUACAAUUAUCAGCAUAAAUCGAAUUUUUAUCGCAAAAUUACUUUUGAAAGACGGUAGAAAACACAUGGACAUUUUAAGAAACAGACUUCUCAAAGGCGGAAAUCAGGAAGGAGAAAUUAAUGGGCCAGAAUGGGAUACUUUAAACCAAUCUUAUAAUCACGUUUUCCAAAAUGAUACAGACGAACUUUUAUGUAUCGAAUUUUUAAGCAAUUUACCUACCAAUAUCGUACCGAAACAACUAAGCGAUGAUAUUUGGAAAGCGUUUGUUAAUUUAAAAAAAGAGGAUCGAAACAGCAUCCAUUUUCUUUUAAAUAAUCGGGAGGCUUGUGCUUGCGCUAAAAAUUUGUUUCACUUUAUGGAUGCAGACGGGCAGCAGUCAAUGAAAAAGCAAAAAAAAACUUUAUGGAAGAAAUAAUCAGAGAUAAAAGUCUUUUUUUAUUUCAACGCUUUAUUGAUAAGUGUAAAUGAAAUGUUCUCGUUCUAGUUGCGCAGUUAUUAUGGUAUUAAAAACCUUAUUUCGUUUUAUUCAUUAAAAAAUGUUUCAUUAUUAGUUUGUGUUAUUUUUAUUCUUGGAUAAUUAUUCACUUAUGAAUAGUUUUUUUUGUCAAACAUUUAAAACUGGAUGUAUAAAUAAUAAAUCAUAUGCUGGUGGUCAUAGAA